UUUUGCAAUUUUUAAUCUUUUUUGUCAGGAAUUUUUGCCCUUAAUUUUUAUUUCUUCAAGCAAAGUUUAUUUUUUCUUGAAAAUGUUUUAUCCAAAUAGCACGUCCUCAAUCAACAAAUUUUUAAAAUUUAUACUUUCAAAUUCCACAUUCAAUAGACAAAUUUCUUCAUUUUCUUCUGGCCCAUUUCGUAUUGUGGAAGUUGGGCCUAGAGAUGGGUUGCAAAACGAAAAAAGGAUGGUACUAACAAGUACAAAAAUUGAAUUGAUAAAUCGACUAGUUGAAUGUGGACUUAAAACUGUUGAGGCAACCAGCUUUGUUUCACCAAAAUGGGUUCCACAGUUUGAGGAUUGUAAUGAAGUUAUUAGUGCUUGUAAAAAGAUUCGAGGUGUUUCAUAUCCUGUACUUGUUCCUAAUUUGGAAGGUCUAAAAAAUGCUCUGAAAAAUGGGAAUGUUAAGGAAAUUGCGGUUUUUAUUGCAGCAUCGAAUACUUUUAACAGGAAAAAUUUAAAUUGUUCAAUCAAGGAAGGCGAAAAGCGUCUUAAAGAAGUUACAGAAGAGGCACUGAUUACAGGCCUAAAAGUGCGUGGUUAUAUAAGCACAGUUCUUGGAUGUCCUUAUGAGGGACAUGUGGAUCCUAUUUUGGUUACGAAAAUGACUGAAAGGUUGCUUGACUAUGGUUGUUAUGAAGGUUGGGUUUAA